AUGCCUUCGGCUCAGCGGCCGCCGAAGCCACCAGUCUGGGCCUAUGGCGGGAAUUGGCAGUUUAUGCCAUGGAUGCUCUACAAUCUGUUCUCCGCCAAGUUCCAACCUUUGGACUUUGAGAAGAGUUACCUGACCGUGCGCGGUCUCAAGGACACGAGAAGAAGGGUAGGCGUUGUAUGGAAGAUGAGGUCCUCGAAGCUUCGAUUGGAUGCCCCAACAAUCCUGGUGGAGCCGGGCUUGAUGCUUGGUCGAGGAUACUCGAUGACCUGCACUGCGCAAGACGUGCCGGGCUCUUCCUUUCUGCGACGGGCCGUGGACAGAGGCUUCCGCGUGGUGGUCAUCGAGCGCCGGGGCCACGCACAGCCUUUGAAGAGCCCUCGCUGGAACCUCUUCGGCGAUUCGGACCGACCGGGCGAGUGGACCUUUCCGGUGGAAGCCGGUGGAAGCCGGCCCGGAAACACGUGGCGUUUCCGGUGUAGGUUGAUUCCACUCAGGGUGAACGUCCCUUUCGAGUGCAGAAAAUCCAUGAAGAUCCAUGAGGGCUUGCGUCGCGCAGGACGACAGCGAGCAGAUCCUUCUGGCGGUUCAGGCCAUUUGGGAUACCAUGUGGUGGAUACAGGUAAGCUCCCCAUCGAAGGCCAAGGCAAGUUCGACCGCCGCAGAGCGCAGGGCGACGAGACUGCACCGAGCUUCAAGGCAAUGGCAUGCAUUUGCCCUGGAUACAACUUGGAGACCUGCUUCCUGGGCUUCAAGUUCCCUUAUCGUUCCUUCAACGCUGAGGCUUUCGAGCAGGCCUACAACGCCCCAGACGACUUGCAGGAGCUGCUUUCCCAUGUGGCGCCCUUCGCCGGCUACGACUCGGCCAAGAGCUACUUCGAGCAUGAGAACCCGGUGCUCUUUGCACCCCACGUCCGGACGCCUUGCUUGAUCAUCAAUGCCUUGGAUGACCCCCUGACGGUACCGACGUCGCCCGGUUUCAAUCCAGAAACUUCCUGGAAGUAUUGGAUCAAGGCUUCAUUGUUUGGGGGGGGCCCUGGCAUCCCUUGGCAUCCCUUACACUACGAGAUCUAUGACUUCAACGAACAGCUGGGACAGGAGGAUGGGCCCAGCUUCGCGGAGAUGGUGGAGGCCUCGGACUGCGGACUGCUCCUGAUGACGCCCUCAGGCAUCGUGGGUUUUGUGAUCCUGAAGGCUCCAGCAGCAGCAGCGAGUGAAACAUGUUUGCUCAAAGUUCAGGACCGGCGUGACUUCUCCAAAGUGCUGGACGACAACUUGGUUCACUUCAGAAGGCAGCUCUUGGCCGCCACCUUCCCCAGGGAUGGAGCCAAAGGAACCGAGGACCGCUCGCCUGAGCGGCCCUCAACGCCCAAGCGGCCGCAGACGCCGAAACCAAAUCUGAACCUAAUGGAGAGCGGGACUCGAUCAACCCGGCUGCAGCCGGAGCUCGAAGUUCCCAAAGUGGCCCGGGAAGCGUCCAAGGGUCGGAACUCCGUGACCUUCCGACAGCGGCCGAAGGAGCUGGAAGAUGCUUGUGUGGAGACCACCAAUAGCCAAUCCCUUCGUUUCGAGUGGCAAGAUCCCACGCAGUCGGCGCAUUCCGCCAACUCGGACACCUCCCUGAACUCUGACACCAGCCUGGGCAUCCCUGUGCUUCCUGGGCAGGGCCCCAUUAGUGCGGCACCCUACCUGCGGAGUCGGCUACAGGGGCUCAGCAAUGAGGAGCAGAAGGCCAUCCGACGGCGCUUGCGGCUGCGUUUGGGUGCGAUCAGCUCAACCAAGUUGGUCUCUGGGCGUUCGCUGCAUGACGCAGUGUGCUCACUGGGCUUGACGAGGUAUAGCCUUGAAGAGAUGAACGAUAUCGUGAACCUGCUGGCAGCCUUUAUCGGUCUGCACUUCCAUCAGAGUGAGAGUGCGAAUCGUAUCUCAGACAAGAUCUUUGCCAGCUUGACAGAGGAUCUGCAGAAGUUUGGUACGCCCGUUUGGGAAUGGCCCCAUUUGCGUGAGAGUACCUUCUCCAACUCUUCGAUCCAUCGGAGUCAGACGGCUUUGGGAUUGAUCGACAAGCCGGCAAGCGUGGAGUACAACGUGGUGCCUGCUCAGGCGCUCAUGGAGCUCUUCCUAGCGGAGGAAGGCGACAUCCACAAGCGGAUCUUGGGCAGCAAACUGCUGAAGCCCUUCCACGCGGUGCGAGAGAUCCUCCUCGCCGGCGACACCAACCGCUUAGUCGCGGAGCUCACCUUUGUCCGCAUCAACGAUCUGGCUGCGCCACCAGAGCCUUUGCACCCCUUGGUGAUUCUGGAGCCAUUUGUGGCCGUGUUGAUUGUGUGCAAUGGAAUCAUGAUUGGCUUUCAGACGGACCCCGCGUGGGCAGACUGGGAGGGCUGGGGGCCCAUGGAGGCGGUCUUUGCCAGUUUUCUGGUGCUGGAGAUCUUGACCCGGAUGCAUUUGCUGGGCUGCCGUGGUUUCUGGUGCUGGGUUUGCAAGUGUGGGGAUUGGACAGCAAGGUGGGGUGAAGAAACCAGCUGGAACUUCUUCGAUCUCUUUCUGGCCAUGACGGGCUGUGUGGACAUCAUCGUGCAACAAGUGGGGCAAAUGGACUCCGGGAUCUUCGGGACCUCGUUGCUCAGGUUUUGUCGCUUGAUCCGAUUGGUGCGCAUCGUCAAGGUCUUUAGGCUUAAGGCUAUGAGGGACCUCCGGCUUAUGGUGAAGGGUCUCAUCGCUGGCAUCCGAACCUUGAUACUGGCUUUCACGCUUCUGUUCUCCGUGCUCUAUGUGAUUUCCGGCUUUGCUACCAUGACCAUUGGGAGCUAUCCGGAGACCAAAGAUUUACAGCUGGAUGGAUAUUUCAAGUCCCUGCCCCACUCCAUGUUCACAGCGUUCCGUUGCUUCACUGGUGAGUGCGUCAACAACGAGGGACAUUCCAUCACCUCCAAAAUGUCCCAGGAGUAUGGUUUGUUCUUUGAACUGCCUUAUGUCAUGAGCUACAUGCUCGUGAGCAUGGGUAUUUUCAAUGUCAUUUUGGCCGUGUAUGUGGACAUCACCAUGAAAGCGGCGAAGGAGAAUGAAGCGCAGACGGCCGAGCAGCACGCGCGGGAAUCCAUUCGCAUUGCUAGAACCACCCGAGAGCUGCUGAAGAAGUUUGCUGCGGCCUAUCACCUGUACCAAGAGAUGGAAGAGAACAGCACGACGGAUCGCUUGGAGAUUCGAGCAUCUGCAGCACUCUUCACUGAUGAUGAGCUACAGGAAAACAUCGAAAUCACCAAGGAGUUGUUCUUGCUAGUGAUCCAGGACCGGGACGUGCAGAUGUUAAUGGACGGCUUAGAUCUGCCUCCGGAUCGGGCCAACCUCUUCGAGAUCAUUGAUGCAGAUGGUAGUGGCACACUCCACAUUGCAGAGCUGGUUCAGGGUUUGCUGAAGAUUCGGGGAGAGGUGAACAAGAGCGACACUGUGGCGGCCUUGUUGGCCACGAAAGCAGCGCAGAACAUGCUCCUGGAGACCCGACACCAAUUGCUGAACAAUCUGGAUGAACUAAAAACAGAACUGCUUGGACUCAUCUAUGAGCAGCAGGUGAAGAUGCGCAAGGCCUUGGCCACGAUCAGCUCCCCAGCGACCACGCCCGAGCUGAACUCCAUCAGCCGGCCACAGCACGUGGCCAGCGGAGCGGCGGCCAGACUGAAGCACUUUGACCGCGAGACCUCAAGGUCGUCCUCGGAGAGGGGGUCGCCUGGAUGGACCGGUGACGUUUGGCCUUUGGAAACCAUGAAGUUGCCUCGGAGACCGGAAGCCGUGGUGGAAGAAGAGGAUGCCAUUCCGGCACCUCCAACUCUUGAUUGA